UGAUAGUUCAUGUGGCGGGAACACCGCACUUUUGAAAGUCAGAGACAGUCUCUCUCUCUCUAUAGUGUUCUCGAGACUCGAGCUGAAAGCACCAAAGAGAGCUCAGUGUCCAUCAACGAUCCACCGAAAUCGGUCACAUUCUAAAAUUUUAUAUUUAUAUUGAUUUUUCCAAUUUUUUUUUAAUUACUCAAAAUUUUUUUCGGUGGUUGAAAAACAAAAAAAAAAUUCGAACGAAAAAUACGCGCAAACGAUCUCAAUUUCGUAAAUGAUAAGUGCAUCGAAUUCGCGCGUAUAAAAAUUUAAGACGAUUUGGAGAAUUGAAAAAAAGUGAGUGCAACUGAGACAAGAUGAUUCGUCAAUUAAAGACGAGGAUGAGAUUUAUUUUUACUGUUUAAAACAUCGUCAUCGAAUUUUAGUGGCUUCUUGUUUCUCUUUUUUUUCAUAAUUAAAUUUAUAUAUAUAUAUAUUGAGCAGUGUGAGAGAAUUCUCUUAAGCACGUGGUUUCAAAAUUUUUGGCGUGGAUGCAAAAAAUUUUCGCAAUUUGGAUCUGAAUAUUAUUUCGUUCAACUUGUAAUUUCAAGAUGGGGUGCUCGAAAAAAUUUAUGGACAACUUUUUAAAUCGAUCUUUCUACAAACUUGGCUAUAUUGUUGGUGAACAUCCAGGAUAUUUUAUAAUAAUUCCCCUUCUCCUCGCCUGCAUUUGUUUCACAGGAUACCAAAGAAUUGAAUACGAAAUCGAUCCCGAAUAUCUUUUUACCCCAAUAAAUGGUCCCGGAAAAAUUGAACGCGCUGUUGUUGAACAAUAUUUCAAUGUCAAUUAUACUCAUAAUUUUAAUCUCGGUCGCAUUACGCGAGCAGGCCGAUUUGGUCACGUGAUAGUGACGCCGAAAGAUGGGGAUCCAAAUUUAUUGCGAACUGCAGUUUGGGAUGAAUUACAGUUACUUGACCAAAUUAUUCGAAAUGCAACUAUAACAUUUGAGGAUGAAAAUUACACUUUCGAUAAAGUUUGUGCUCGAUGGCAAAAUAAAUGCGUUGAAAAUGAUAUUUUGAAUCUCCGUCACAUAAUCCCACAAGUAGAGAGUCAUGAAUUGAAUUUAACAUUUCCGUUGAUGUUUAAUCCGGUUACAUGGGACGCGCAUCUUUUUCCAAUUUAUUUUGGAGGAAGUGUUAUAACGAAAGAUUUGACAAUUACGUCAGUACCGUCGUUGCAAUUGGCGUACUUCCUCAUUGCCGGUAGUAAACGACAGGACGCAAUUGGUUCAACAUGGGAAGAAAAAUUCCUAGAGGUUGUUGGCAAUGCAGAAAAUGGAAACAUGUUCAAGCACAUAAGAGUUGCGAGAUUUGCCUCGAGAUCAUUGGAAUUGGAAUUGGAGGCGAAUACAAAAACAGUGGUGCCUUAUUUUACCAGUGCCUUUCUAUUUAUGGCCAUUUUUUCCGUAAUCACCUGCAUGAUGACCGAUUGGGUUCGAAGCAAACCGUGGCUCGGUUUCCUGGGAAAUCUUUCGGCAAUUGCAGCGACCGCCGGUGCCUUUGGAUUCUGCAUUUACUUGGGGGUGGAUUUCAUAGGUCUCAAUUUAGCCGCACCCUUCCUAAUGAUAGGAAUCGGAAUCGAUGAUACAUUUGUGAUGCUGGCAGCUUGGAGACGAACAGAUUUCACAAGUCCAGUGCCUUUGAGAAUGGCAGAGACCUUAAGUGAAGCUGCAGUUUCCGUCACAAUUACAUCUUUAACUAAUAUGGUUUCCUUUUUCAUAGGAAUAUUCACACAGUUCCCUUCGAUUCAAAUAUUCUGCAUUUACUCAGGUUUUGCGGUGGUGUUUACAUUCCUGUUUCAUUUGACCUUUUUCACCGGAUGCCUCGCGAUAAGUGGAUACUGCGAGCAAAAAAAUCUCCACAGUGUCUUCUGUUGUAAAGUUCAACCUCUUUCAAAAUCAAGUCAUCGCUCAUGGUUUUAUCGUGUCCUAUGCUCAGGAGGAAUCGAUCCCGACAAUCCUUGCAAUUUAGUUGACAAUCCUGAGCACGGAUGCAUGAGUUGGUUCAGAGAUUACUUGGGCGCAGCUCUAAACAUGAAAUCCGUAAAGGCUCUCGUUAUAAUUAUCUUUGCUGCAUAUUUGGCCGGAGCUUGUUACGGAUUAACGAAAAUUAAAGAAGGCCUCGAGAGGCGAAAAUUAUCAAAGGAAGAUUCCUAUUCAGUCACCUUCUACGAUCUCCAAGAUCAGUACUUCCGAGAAUUUCCCUAUCGAGUUCAGGUGAUAGUAAGUGGAGACUACGACUACAGCGAUCCCGUAAUCCAGUCACAAGUUGAAAAUCUAACCAGAACCCUCGAAGAAACAAAAUGGAUAAGUAACUCUCUCUAUUCAGAAAGUUGGCUACGUAGUUUCUUGAGCUACAUCACGGAGAAUCAAGAUUACCUAAACGUCACAAUAGACAGCGAGGAGAACUUCAUAAAAACUCUAAAAGACUACUGGCUCUUUCCAUCGAGUCCAUUUUCCCUCGAUGUCAAAUUCGACGACACCGGCAAGAGGAUAAUUGGCAGUCGAUUUCUCAUUCAAGCAGUGAAUGUAAGCGGUACAAAUCAGGAGAAAGAAAUGGUGAGAGAUUUGCGAAAAAUUUGUCACGACUCACCGCUAAAUGCCAGCGUUUUUCAUCCAUAUUUUGUGUUCUUCGAUCAAUUCGAUCUCGUUAUUCCAAUCAGCAUUCAAUCAAUGAUAAUAGGAGCCGUGGCAAUGAUGGUAAUCACUUAUAUCUUUAUUCCCGACAUCAUGUGCUGCUUCCUUGUUGCCCUGUGCAUUAUCUCGAUCGAAGUAGGAGUGGCCGGCUACAUGGCUCUAUGGGAUGUUAAUCUCGACAGUAUAUCAAUGAUUAAUCUCAUCAUGUGCAUUGGUUUUAGUAUCGAUUUUACAGCGCAUAUUUGUUACGCGUACAUGAGUUCGAAAUUCAAAACAUCCGAGGAGAGGGUCAAGGCUUGUUUGUACAGUUUGGGUCUUCCUGUUGUCCAGGGUGCGGUGUCGACAAUUCUCGGACUACUCGCACUUUUGUUCGCUGGAACAUACAUCUUUUUGGUCUUCUUCAAAAUGGUGUUUCUUGUCAUUUUCCUGGGAGCACUGCACGGUCUCCUUUUACUUCCGGUGUUGUUGUCGAUUUUUGGCACAGGCUCCACUAACAGCGACGAGGACAAUGACGAUGAUAAAAAAUCGAAAGAGGACAUCAGCAAGUUAACGAAACCGUACGUUAUUCCUCAUCCACAACUCUAUUACACGAGCACUAAGGAAAGUCCUGCGAUAAGUUUGACUAAUUUUGAAGAAAGAGAUCCGGGUUUAGGCACCAGUGAGGAUAGUAAUUCGACUGAAAGUGGAUCGUCGCAGAGCAGGAGAAGACAGCAGGAGAAGGAUGAGCAGAAAAAGGCCCACGAGUGGAGAAGAUCGGUUGGCACACUUCAGGGUUUGUCGCAAUUUCAAGCGAACAUAGCACCACCUCCAGAUUAUCCUGGAGCACCUGGUAAUUCAGAAGCAAAAAAUUCGGCGAAUAAUCCAGAAAACAAUUCUCUUAAUAUCGCAGCAAGGGAGUAUACUCGCAGUAGAUCUCAACACAAUCUCCAUCAACCCCCAAGGUACUUCACCGAACCUCGAUAUUAGAAAACAUUAAAUAUACAAAUAAAUUUCGAAAAACCGUCUGAAAUCUCAAGCUUUCGAAAUUGAGCCGGAAUUGAAAUUUUUGAUAAUUUCGAUCUAGAAACCAAAUUAGGUUUUUCCAAAUAGAUUUUCAUGUGCAGCGAUUGUAACAAUUAUGACUGAUAUCAUAAAUUUUCAGUGGUCCACAAGAGUGAUGUAGAGAACGCUCAGUGAUCUCUGUUUUUAAGAAAAGGAACAGGCGGCGAUGUACCUGUAAACUGUUGAUGUUGACGAACUUACUUUCUGAAUUUUUAUCAAGUAGAUAUUAAGGUGUAUCGAGUGUGCGAAUCAGUGUGAUGUGAAAAACAAAAUUUCUGAAAAAGAAUCUAAAAGACUAUAAGAACCCAAUUUUAAAUUCGUGAAUCAAGUUUUUUGAUAAUGACGAAUUAAUUUCCUAUAUGUAGAAAUAUUUGUAUAAAUGACAAUUUAUAUUGUAUGUGUAUACUUUAUAAUGUUGACGAUAAAGUUAUAUAACAAUGACUGGAUUAGAGGUAAUUGUCCAUAUUCUGAACAUGAUAAUACUUAAUUGCUGUGAUAAUCAAGUUCAGACGUUAUGAAUUUUCAGGCCAAUUUUUCCUGAUCACUUUUUUUUAAGGAAUCUAUAGAUAUUUUUCUUUUUAUGCGUAAAGAAUAUGCCAAAAGAAUGAGUUUUUGAUUUUUCACCUACUUUUUUUUAAAUGAAACUUAUGGGAAUUGUGGGAAAAGUUUGCAAUGAAAAAAAAUUUACUAGAUUCAAAUAAUCAGUUGGGUAUUAUCAAACAAAUAAUUAUUUAAGAAUAAAUAUUCAGCAGCUCCAAAUAACUUUUUAUUGAGUCAAAUUCUAAUUAAAACGAUAUUAUUUCUACGUGCUUGAAGCAAAUAAUUUUAUGUCCCUAAAGUUUCGAACACUCUGAUGAACUGAAAUUUAUUUACAAACUAUUGUUUCUUACAAACAAAAAAUUAUUUUUUUACUUCGAAUUUAGUGCUGAUAAAUAUUCAUUUGGAGUUGAUAAAUAUUUCUUUGCGUGUUGAUAAAUAUUUAUUUGGUGUAAAUAAAUAUUUCUUUGCAAGAAACAAUUACUUUUCGAGUCCAUCAAAUCCCACACAGCACCGAGAAUUUACUGAAAAUUUAUUAAAGAUUUAAGUUCAAACUUCGAAAUAUUGAGUUGCAAAGCUGAAUGAAAAAUGUCCACAUGUGAGAGAAAAUAUUUAACACGAAAGUUGAACAACUAAAUCAAUAAGUUUCCAUAAAAAAUAUUUGUGAUCUUUCUUUUGUUUUUCGGAAAUAUUUUUGCCAAACGAUUAACGAGCAUUUGCUUUAAAUUUUCAAUCAAAAUUCAGUAAAUUUUCACUUUAAAUACUUUCUUACAAGCAGACAUUUUUAUAUUUCAUACCUACACAGUCUUUACUCAGCUUUGCUACUCAAUAUUUCCAAGUUUGAACCCAAAUCUUUAAUAAAUUUUCAGUAAAUUCUCGGUGCUGUGAGGGAUUUGAUGGACUCAAAAAAUAAUUGUUUCUUGAAAAGAAAUAUUUAUUUACACAAAAUAAAUAUUUAUUUGCAUCAAACAAAUAUUUAUGAACUCUAGAUAAAUAUUAAUUAGCACAAAAUAAAUAAUUAUAAAUACUUAAUAAAUAUUUAGCAGCACCAUAUAAAUAUUUAGUAGCACCAAAUAAUAUUUAUUUGUGUCAAAUCGUAUUCGAAACAAAACAGAUUCUCUAUUUUGAAGCAAAUAAAAUUUUAUUGUCUCAAAAAAUCAUUACUUGUUGCAAAUAAAAAAUGGUUUGCACCAAAUAAAUAUUUAUACACAUAAAAUAAUUUUUUUAGCACCAAAUAAUUUUUGUA